AUGUCUUUGGUGGAAAAGCGUAGAGCGAGUGUAAUCAGGAAUCUGCAGAUCUUGAAGGAUAUGGGAGACUGCUACGAAUGCGAAUGCAUGGUCAUCAACUCCUGUAAAAAACACCCAAUUAUGUGGAUCAAGAACCUCGUUGUGGAUGAUUGUGACGCAUCAUCCAGUGGCGACAGAAAGUUAUGUAUCUGCUCGCUUGAUAAGACCGUUCAUGCGAAAAAGACGGCCCCUGAGGAGUACGUUUUUGUUGGGCGUUCAAGUAUCCGGUCCGCGGGGUUGGGCGUUUGGGCUGAGAAGGAGAUACCGCUUGGCACCGUUUUCGGACCUUACGGUGGUGAGGUUGUGUACCUGGACACCUUGUCCCCUGAGGAUCUCGAAACUAGGUCUCGAAGAGGUUAUGCCUGGCUCGUUCGGGAGAACCUACUCGGAACAAAGAGCCACCUAGUUGAUGCUUCCAAUCCAGUUGCUUCGAAUUGGCUACGGUUCGUAAACUGUGCCAGAAACGAUGAGGAGCAGACCCUUGUCACGAUACAGUAUCGUGGAAAGAUAUAUUACAGAGCUUGCAGGGUAAGAGUGCCAUCUGCAUUUCUAAUGUCUCUCUAG